AUGGAGAGGGAACGGGAACCUCGUGGAACCUCAUCUACCCAGAUUUCCUCCACUGCGGUCGGCUCUCGCCAGGGAUCACUUGAGCCAGAGGAAAGCGAUAAGUGGAGGACAGAGAUUCUCGACAUAUUUCUCAUGUACAGACCAGACAUUGACUCCCUGGACGCUGAAGCUCUCUCGUUUGAGGAGGGUUGCAUUCAAGAAAAUGACUUGAACUGGCCAUGGAUGCGAAGCGAUACGAGAUACCAAGAAUGGGUUCGGGCUGUGGAGACAAGAAGACAGCAUCUGAUCGAGCACCCCGUCAACACUGAACUACAGACAACAGAUCCACCUCCGACCGGGGAUCUCCCUACGGGACCACAGGUCCAUACCGAGAGAGAAAGGUUACCGGCUCUAUUGAUCCCCCCUGACGUUCAGGAACAACCUCGACUCAGAGACCGAGACAACGAGCUUUCCGAUUCCGAACGCAUGAUGCACGACCGCGAACAAGAGAUACACAAUGAGGAUGAAGGGGUUAACCAUCAGAGCCAUUUACCGGUGCUAAUUACGGACGCCUCUUUGGACGCCCAAGAUCAAGCGCAUGAAGACACCGAUAGCCUCCGAGCCUUACAUUCCGAUGACGAAGGGGGCACCACAGCGGUGCAAUCGCCGGAUAGCGUACAAGAAGCAUCAGAGGCGGCUCUUGGACUUCACGAUGCAGCAGAGGAGGAGGAGGAUCCUGACUUACGAGACGCUCUACUUGAAAGGGCAGCCGAGCUAUUGGGUGAAACUUUGUUCCCUGGAGUCACAGGCCAUGAACCACUGCUUGUGGAUACGGGACUUCAAAGCACUUCUACUGCGGAGGGCGAGUCCGAGCCUACUGAGGGCCAGUCCGAGCCAGCGCCAGCGCCAGGAAAUAACGGUACUCCCGGGGUCCAAGAUACGGGCACUGGAAAAAGAAAAAGACAAAUUUCACGAAAGGCAACGAUGGAACUGCACCGAGAUGCAAGAACCAGACAACUGACAGAUGAUGAGAUCCGCGCGAUUGCGCGCCAGCCGCCGGGGUUCCGAAAGGCCUAUGUUGGAUAUUGGACAACAACUGGCCAUAUCCGCGAAAAGUUCUACAAAUUCAUCUUCGAAAAAGAUAAUAAAGGUGCAUAUAUAUUUGAUGACACUGUCCAAGCUUCGAACGUGGCCAACAUGGAAGGGGCGAGAGCAAGACACGAACACCCCGAACUUUUCAACAGAAGAGGCCACAGAAGAUUGAAAUCAGUGAAGAUCCGAAAGGAUCAGCGUGACCCGCAUGGUCAUUUUAUCAAGACGGAGGUCCACGAAAUGAACGAGAGUAUGAGGAGAAGGGUAGUCGCAAACGCCAUAAGGGGGGAGUCCCUACUUGGGGCUCUCCCCUUGGAAGAGGAAAAGAGCCGGUCCAAACUCAAGGAGGCGGUCGCUAAGGCCCAAGAGCGAGAGCUGCUUGCCAAAGCGACGAUAGAUGAAAUAGACUCGGCGUACAGGGACAAUCUGCAGGACCUUGCGAGAAGAAACCGCCAGCGAGAGUCAAAACUCAAGAAAGAAAACCAGCAACUUCAAGAGGAAGUUAAACGCCUGCAAGCGGUGAUCGAUGCAAUGCUUACCAAUAUGCCGUCGGCACCCCCUCAACGGCCCGCACCACGGGGGCGUGACGAUACGGAUGACGACUCGAUGGGUCCUGAUCAUUUUGCGUCGACAGAUCCUAUUGAAGCGUGA